GACUUAUCUCUUAGAGACUAAAUCAAAAGUAAAUGCUCUCGUGAUCAAAUAAUAAUCUUAUCAGUGCGCGCGCAUACCAGUCAGGUUGUCCUCGUUAGCCAAUAGCAUUACGCGGGAAAAUGACUCUCUUGCCGCCCCAGGCAGUUGAAGCUCGCUCGGCAAUAUGACAAUAUCCAGUCUGUCUCAGUAUAUGUGAGGAUGCUGACUUGUGAGGUCGUGCCGCUUUCCGUUGACACAUUGUAGUGAAUGGAACUCGUUGUCCAACAUGAUGACUUUACUCGUCCAGACAGCGGCCGUUCCGUUUGGAUUCACCUGCAGCAUGAGCGAUUUUGGUGACACCUGCCCAUCAAGGACCAGGAUGAACUGCGCCGAAAUGGAUUCUGAUAAUACUUAUGUGGUUUUCCCUUUACCUGACGUAGUGACCAGUAACAGACCUUCCUUGCCAUCUCUCAGAUCUGAUAACGGUUCCAGUAUGGUUCAUAGUACAUCUCAGGCUUUACUUGAACACCAAAACAAUGAAGGAAACAGCCUGGACAGUCGGAGUCGACCUGAAGUUUCCAAUCCCUUACAUCGAUGCUCGUCUGUUCGUUGUGGGAUAGAAGACGCGUUCACAAGCCCCAGUUUUCGAGGAUAUGUCUACGAAUUUACAAAUUUGAAAGAGGUGAUUGCAAAAACCUCUGCAAAGGGAAGAUCCCAGAUCUGCGAGAGAGGCAGAAAGGUUUUAAACCAACGUUGCAGUAACGAAUAUGACUCUCAGCGGAAGCAGUCACAUCCUUAUAGCUUCGAAUUUAUAAGUUAUGAGACAACGCACGUGAUCAGCACUUGCCGCAGAGUUGGAGUUGACCUGCUCUCCAUUGCUGAUCAGUUUGAACGCAACUAUGCAAAGGCCAAGAGCAAGAACGCAAACCCUCCAGCGACUACUCUGAAAAUCCCCCAAAAUUUUAUAAAGUACAUUGCGAUGUCAUUCGCAUGUUUAUUGGUCUGGAGACAGGUCAACAAAUACCGCUAGUGGGAUAUGAUCAUUUUCAGGAAAACCUGAAGGGAGAUGUUUUUCUUGCAUCUUAUAGGGCAGUGAGGAGUCACGGGUUCAGUAGAUCUAUCUGGAUCAUGUGGUUUUUAUGAUAUUUCAGGACGUUUCAUGACAGUACACCCUAUCCUCAGUGAUAAAAUGAAAUUAAAUACAAGAAAAGGCACCUACUAUUAAUGCAUUGCUGAAUAGUCUCCAUGUUUUAAAUAAACAUCAACAACUAGACAUUAUGAAUAGUUCAUGAAUGGGCUGCAAAAAUUAUUCUAGUUUUUGCUCCAUCUGGAAUAUAGAUCGAGUUCAUAAAGCACUCCAUGGGGCCUCAUUGUAAAAAUGAAAAGACUCAAAAUAUAUUAAAAAGAACGAGUUAAACUUAAAAAAUUAUGCGUUUAUUCGUGUAUUAUCAACUGAUUAUUCUCAGUCGGUUCAGCAAGAAGAGUUUAACCGAGCGAUAUGGUGUAAAGAUUAUCCUGUCAAUGUAAGUUGGAAAUGUAAAUGUUAAUUAGAAUAUAGAAUUGUAAAAAUGUUAGACAGUAUUUAGUAAUCCGUGAAUGAAGUUUAAUUUUGAUUAGAAUUAAGAAAGAUUGUUUGUUGCCGUUGAAAGGCUACAGAGGUUAGCAACAUGCAGCAUUACACACACACUUGUACUGAACUUUCUAAAUCGCUUUGUUACCCCUAUAAAUGCGUCUUUAUGGA